AGUUGUCCCGUUACAUGGGCAAAUGUAGAUAUCUUUUAUGAUAUUUAGUUGACUUAUUUUAUUUGUCGAUUGCUGCAAUGGCACUUGUAAAACCUUGCUUCUUGAUCAUGUUUUCGGAAAAUGUGUCGAUGGUUCCCUCUUUCUAGCUACCAGAUGAUUUCUCGUUGUUUAAUUAGCAGUGUUUAUACUUAGUGCUGGGGAUGUUUUCACUAGUAGUGAAGUAAUUUCGAAAUGUAUCUAACCAGGUGGUUAGGUCCGGACAUCAAAAGUCAGUGUUAAUUAAGUUACUUGGUGGAUAUUAUCGUGGAAAUCUCUGGAAUAAUCCACUUGCAUUAAUAAUAUAAUCAAAAUCAGUGUCAGAAACACAAUUUUUAGGUGUAAGAAAUGUGAUGGACUUGUCACUGCAGAAUAUGAUGAAAUUCACCUUGUUAGUAGUAUAGUCAGUUCAGAUUUAGACAUUUAGUGAAGGGCGAGAAUAAUAAGACUAUUGUAGCAUUUUCCAAUAUUGAAUAUUUUUAUGAUGUGUCGUGUUUUGCAGCCACGACAUAUCUACUGAAUGUACCAUCAAUUUUAAUCGGCUAGGUAAUGUGCUAUCAUUAAAACCUUGAAGACAUACUCCAGGAGUUAGAAAUCAUCUCAUCAGUGAUUGAUGUACAAACUCUGAACGUGUUGAACCUGCAAUUUUAGCAACUAGGUUGUCGUAGUGCCUCUAGGACGACACAAACAGUCCUACCUAAUUAAUCUAUCAGUUGUGUAUUAUAUGUUAGAGGUUGAAAAUUGGUCUUAAAUGUGAGGAUGUGGUGAAUAUAAAGAGUGAGUUCUUUGUUGAGAAUUGCUUGCAUAUAUACGCUCCUCUAAUGUCCAUUAUUACUCUGAUUCUAGUCAUAUAUAGGGCGUCAGUCAACAAGUGCAUUUAUUUACCCACUAGUUCUUCAGAAAUUGAAACUCGUAUUACAUUAGAUUUUAAAAGGUAUAACCUGGAGUUUGAGUUUUUAUGAAUAAGUAUCUAGAUUACUUUUUGUACCUGUUUGUGAAAAUGUGCACUACUAACCGUCGUUUUGAACCUAUGCAAUAUGGUGUCCGAAUCUGUGUUAAUCUGCUUUUAACAUGGGGCUGAUCAGAUACACGUUCCGCUCUACCUAUUUCCUCCAGUGGGUUAAUAACUCAGAACCUAUUAUAGUGACUUCUGUUUGGCUAUUGACUUUCAGUUGGUGAACUACUAAUAGAUUUUUAUCACGAUUAAUUUUUUAUCAUGCAUCGCUUCCAUACUUUUCUUAUCUAGAUCAUAAUAUUUAUCAGGUGGGAAACUAACACGUUUGGUCAUUCCUUCAAAUGAUCAAAGUACCGGGCUUUGUUAUUUCCCAGCUACUGGGACGAGGGACGUAUGGACAAGUAUACAUGGGAAGAAAGUCCGGUUCAAGUAAGCUAGUAGCAAUUAAAUGCAUUAUGAAGUUGAAACUAAGCAAUCAAGCCCGGGAUAAUUUAGUCAGUGAAAUUUCUAUUUUGAAAGCUCUUGAGCAUCCCCAUAUUGUUCGUAUGCUUGAUUUUACAUGGGAUGCAUCUUUUGUGUAUAUUAUAAUGGAGUUUUGUGGCGGAGGAGAUCUUAGCAGAUUUUUGAGGUUGAAAAGGAGGUUAGACGAACUGCUUGUGCAACGCUUUUUACAACAGUUAGCUUUAGCUCUUCAAUACUUAAAAAGUAAAAAUAUAGUCCACAUGGAUAUAAAACCUCAGAAUAUUUUGCUCACAUCAAUUAACAAUCCAAGCUUGAAGCUUGCCGACUUUGGAUUCGCCCAAUGUAUUAAAGAGACAGCUAAAAAGAAUGAAGUUCGUGGCACAUUAUUGUAUAUGGCACCUGAAAUAUUCUGCGAGGGUUUUUAUCAUCCUUCAUGUGAUCUAUGGUCUAUUGGUAUUAUUCUAUAUGAAUGCCUAUUUGGCAUUACUCCCUAUGGUCAAGUUACAAUUGAACAAUUAAAAGAGAAAUUAGUGGCAAUGGAUGAACAAAUUAAGUUACCUUCUACAAAUGAAAUAAGCAAACCAUGUGCUGCCUUAAUACAUGAUCAUGCACCAUCAGCACAAAGUCUGGAUAAAGCUGCCGAAUAUCUUAAACGUGCGCCUCAACUAGAAUCACUGGGGAAAUUAUGUGAAGCCUACGAUUGUUAUCUAGAAGGUUUAAAUCACCUAAUGGCUGCAUAUAAUUAUGAGCCAUCGCGCUUCAAGAAAUCGCAAAUACGAAACCUGAUGAAAGAUCAUUUACUAAAAACGGAAUCACUGAAAUUAGAAUUAUGUCUACUUAGUCACACGGAUGUGACUUCAUCGUCGUCACCUCAAUUAGAGCCAAAAACUCUUAACAGUCAAGCAAUUAAUUUACCUGAUCCUAUUGUUCCAGUGAAAUGUUAUGAUGUAUCACGACAGCCUAAAAAGAAUGCCGAUUCAUCAAAGAAAGGCCUAUUUCAUUAUCUACCAAAAGAAAAAGAUGAUCAUCAAUCUUCAUUGAAAAGCAAGUCAUCACCUACUUCUGAAACAUAUCAACCACAAGAUUCAGGUACAAGUGAUAAUUUUACAUAUUUUAGGGGAGACUGUUUGUCGACAGAUUCAGUCGAACAAAUUAAUGUUUGUUUAUCCUCAGAUAAAGCUGGAGUUCUUACUCGUAUUAAGCAUUGGUUUUCGCGACAGAAUGAUAAGACUGAAAAUCCUUAUGAAUACAGUGGAAAAGCUAAACCUGUGCCUACCGCCAUAUUGGUUGAGGUGGAUCAUUCGAAUUCUACACAGUUGCCAUUGGGAUCGCUUCACUCUCCUUCUGUUCUUCCUUCAUCUCUUAGUCCUUGUCCAAAUUCAACGAACACAAUUGAACAAGAAGAAUCUUUAGCUCUUAAUCAGUCUGUUAAUUCCUCUACAAUCGAACCGGCCAUUGAAUCAAGUGUGAAGACAACUUCUUUGGAUUCUUCAAAGUUCAGGGAUUCCUAUUUAGAAUCUGGACCAAAUGUUGAUUCAACUGAUAUGGUAGACGGUCUGACUGAGAAAUUUGAUCGUAGUCGACUUUUAGAACUGGGUACCUCCAGCAAUAUUGUGGUUGAAUUUUUGGACAAGUUUUAUAAACUUAUUUCUAAACAUCGUUUACAAGAAGCACUGAUUUACUUUCAAAAUGAAUUUUCAAAUUGUUUAAAAGAAGCUCAAAAUGAUUCUAAUUCCAAGAACCGGAGUAUUUUGUUUAAAGAAUUAAAUCUUGCCAUGGAUAAAGCCGAACAAAUCAAAGCCAAGUUAAAUUGUAACAGUACAAUGAUGAUUGGUGAAAAUGAAUCUUCUAGUUUUCAAAUUGGUGAAGAAGUACUCGACGAAAAUCCACAAGAAGAAGAUCAGUGCUUAUUAAUGUGA